AUGAUCCCGGUAGAAUACACAGAAGUCAUGGAGCCGCUAUGUUUUAGCAUUGUGGCAGGCAUUGCAGCGACAAUAGCCACAGAUCUUGCAGCGCCAGAUGGCUAUGAAGGGGCCCGAGUUGCAGCCAGAGCAGCGCCAAGUCAGGAUGUUCCCGUUGGUGGCCUGGACGAUUAUAAAAACGUGACCAGAGCAUUGGUUUGCCAUUAUGACAGUGAUGAAGAAUUGGAACGGGAUAGCUAUAGAGUCUGCUGUUAA